UCGUUGAGAAUUUUGCCGACUACCGGUCGCUGUCGACAUACAGACUGGGAUGCUUGCGAGGUUGCUCGUCUUCAGGAGCUUAAUGAGGCUCGACAGCGAGCAGCGCAGAUGGAAAAGACGAUGCGUUGGUGGUCUGAGUGUACAGCAUCCUGGCGACAGAAGUGGAACACUGUGCGGAACGAAAGAAAUCGAGCUCGAGAAGAGAGCCAGUCGUUGAGAACAGCAUUAGCUGAAGCUAAGCCGAUAGAAAUGAAUUCUCCACCGCAGACACCAUCGAUAAUGCUGGAUGAAGAGUGUCAGGCUCGGCCAGAGCAUAUGCAUGUUUCAACGAUCACCGAUCAAUUGGUUCACUUUUUUAUGUUUUUUAAGUCAAAAUAUAUUUUUCCUUUGAGAAUCCGAUUCAGCGCAUAA